UUCUCUUGGUGCAUUACAAUUCAGUUUCACACUUACACAAGCUGAAGAAAGUUCUUCAGGAGGCCUCAAGCCCAGUUCCCCAGGAGACCAACAACAACAUUGAUAACAAACCAUAUAAAUGCAAUAUUUGUAAUGUUGCUUACAGCCAAAGUUCAACCCUGGAAAUCCACAUGAGGUCUGUGCUCCACCAGACAAAAGCCAGAACUGCCAAAAUGGAGACAAGCAGCAGUACUGCAAGUGGAAACAGUGGAAUGGCACCUGCUAACAGCCCAGUUUCUGUUAGUCAAGGAAAUGUAGAGCCUGCAAGCUUACCAGUGUCAGUGAGUAAAGAAAACAAUGUAGAUGCCAAAGAAAUCAACAAAAAGCAAGCUACUGAUCACAUUUCUGUUCAGCCCACCCACCAACCUCCCCAGUCACCAGCACAGCUUCAGAUGCAGCUACAGCAUGAGCUCCAGCAGCAGGCCGCUUUCUUUCAGCCGCAGUUUUUGAACCCGGCAUUCUUUCCUCACUUUCCAAUGACGCCUGAGGCCCUGCUGCAGUUCCAACAACCCCAGUUCCUCUUCCCCUUCUACAUUCCUGGCACUGAGUUCAACCUCAGUCCUGAGCUGGCCCUGCACUCUGCAGCAUUCGGAAUGCCUGGAAUGACGGGUUCCUUUCUGGAAGACCUGAAGCAGCAGAUGCAGCAGCAGCACCAGUUGGGACAGCAGCAGCUCCAGCUCUCUCAGCAGCAGGCCCAGCAGCAGCAAGCAUCCCAGUCUCAAAUGCAGCAGAAAACACAGCAACAGGCAAGCAAGCCCAGAAUGGAACAAAGCAGCAUGACAGGCCCAGAGAUUCAGAUGUCCAAGGAGGCUGAAGAGCAUUUGGAGAAACAGGAAACUAAGUCCAAGCAGGAGUAUUUAAAUGAGGGCGACAGCACAAGGGACAAAGAAUUCAAGAAAUCUAAACUUUCAGAACCUCUUCUCCCGCCACCUCGCAUUGUGUCAGGUGCAAGGGGUAAUGCUGCCAAAGCCCUGCUGGAAAACUUUGGCUUUGAACUGGUCAUCCAAUACAACGAGAACAGGCAAAAGAGCCAGAAGAAGAAUCGAACCGGAGAGGAAGAGAUAAGUGAUAAACUUGAGUGUGGAAUGUGUGCAAAACUCUUCUCCAACAUGCUCAUCCUCAAAAGUCACCAAGAACAUGUGCAUGGACAGUUCUUCCCAUACGGGGAACUGGAAAAGUUUGCGCAGCAGUACAGAGAGGCUUAUGACAAGCUGUAUCCUAUAAAUCCCUCAUCUCCAGAAACUCCUCCACCCCCGCCACCACCACCCCCACCUCCACCUCCACCACCCCAGACGACCACGACUUCUGUAAGCAAGGCUACAACACCUUCUCCAGCACCUCUGCAGGCUCCUCCGCCCCCGCCACCUCCUCCACCACCACCUCCACCUCCCUCUGCACCUCCUCAAGUCCAGCUGCCUGUAUCAUUGGACCUUCCUCUCUUCCCGCCACUGAUGAUGCAGUCUGUACAGCACCCAGGGCUGCCUCCCCAGCUCGCUCUACAGCUGCCGACAAUGGAUUCUUUAUCAUCAGAUCUCACACAGCUUUGUCAGCAGCAACUGGGACUGGAUCCAAACUUCCUCCGACAGUCGCAGUUCAAGCGUCCACGCACUCGAAUCACUGAUGAUCAGUUGAAAAUCCUUCGGGCAUACUUUGAUAUAAACAACUCUCCAAAUGAAGAGCAGAUCCAGGAAAUGGCAGACAAGUCGGGCCUUCCUCAGAAAGUCAUCAAACACUGGUUCCGAAACACGCUCUUUAAAGAAAGGCAGCGGAGCAAGGAUUCCCCGUAUAACUUUAGCAUUCCACCCAUCACUACAUUGGAGGAUAUCAGAAUAGAGUCUCAGUUCAGUACGCUGGAGUACUACAGAACAGAUGCCACCAUGAACAAGAGGUCGUCUAGGACUCGCUUCACUGACUAUCAGCUGAGAGUGCUGCAAGAUUUCUUUGAUACCAAUGCGUACCCUAAGGAUGAUGAAAUAGAGCAGCUCUCCACUGUUCUCAACCUUCCAACUCGUGUGAUUGUUGUCUGGUUCCAAAAUGCUCGCCAGAAGGCACGAAAGAGUUAUGAGAAUCAGGCAGAUGCUAAAGACAGUGAGAAAAAGGAGCUGACUAAUGAGCGCUACAUUAGGACCAGCAAUAUGCAGUAUCAAUGUAAAAAAUGCAGUGUUGUUUUCCCUCGCAUAUUUGAUCUCAUUACUCACCAGAAGAAGCUGUGUUACAAAGACGAAGAUGAUGAUGGGAAUGAUGACAUCCAACCUGAGGAAUAUAUAGAUGCCAGUGACCAGAGCCUGCCGAAGAGCUUAGGCCCCACAGAUUUAUCAAAACAUCACCAUGUAACUGCUACCAGCUCUGGGUCAAGCUCUCCUUUAAUGCCUUCGCCUCGACCUGAUAUGGGAAAGAUCUCACCAAAACCUGACGUUACCACUGAUAAACCAAAGCUAGCUGAGAAUAUUCCCUCUCAAGUGGCAAAGGCCUUGUCAGAGCCAAGACCUUCCAAGGCUUCAACUCCGCAACCACCACUACAAAAAGCCCCCCAACCACCGAUGACUAGACCUCACUCUCAGCCCCAGUCAGCAGCUGUCCCAUCUAGCCCUCUUUCUAUUGCCCUCUCCUCUCUGACAAACAGCCUACCUCCUCAGAUGCUACAGUAUCAGUGUGACCAGUGUAAGAUUGCCUUCCCAACUGUAGAACUGUGGCAGGAGCACCAACAUAUGCACUUCCUGGCAGCCCAGAACCAAUUCCUCCAUUCACAGUUCUUAGAAAGACCCCUGGAUAUGCCCUACAUGAUCUUUGAUCCAAACAAUCCUCUCAUGACUGGGCAGUUGCUUGCUGGUGCCCUCUCCCAGAUGCCUACACAGAGCAGCUCAUCCUUAUCUACACCUCCUGGUUCAGGCUCUAGUUCCUUGAAACGUAAAUUGGAUGAUAAAGAAGAGAACAGUUCCAAUGAUAAAGAUGGUGGAAACAGCGGCGAAGACCAACAUAGGGACAAGCGCCUCAGGACAACCAUCACACCAGAGCAAUUAGAGAUCCUGUAUGACAAGUAUCUACUGGAUUCAAACCCAACUAGGAAAAUGUUGGAUCACAUUGCACGAGAAGUCGGCUUAAAGAAGAGGGUGGUGCAAGUCUGGUUUCAGAACACCCGUGCCAGAGAGAGAAAGGGACAAUUCCGAGCUCUAGGGCCUGCCCAGUCUCACAAAAAGUGCCCUUUUUGCAGGGCACUCUUCAAAGCAAAGUCAGCACUUGAUAGCCACAUACGCUCCAGACACUGGCAUGAAGCAAAACAGGCAGGUUUUAGCCUGCCCCCUAGCCCCAUGAUGCCACAAGAUGAUGGUGCAGAGAGUCCAAACAAGUACAAUUUCUUUGAGUAUCCACAGCUGCCCAUUAAAACAGAGCUGAGUGAGUAUGAGCUGCCAGCUGCAACCUCAACUCCAAUCAAACUAACUGAGUCACCGCUAAAAAACUUCUUGAGCCCUUCAUCCUUAAAGGCAGAAAACAGUGAUGAAACUGAAGGGCUUAAUAUUAAUUCUGCAGAGGUUUCUUAUGACUUAAACAAGACAGAUUUUGAUGAGACCUCAUCCAUCAACACAGCUAUAAGUGACGCAACAACCGGUGAUGAGGGAAAUAAUGAAGGAGAGAGCCAAACCGGAAAUGGAGGUGAAAAGCUGGGUGAAAGCAAAAUGAAUCUCAUUCUAAACUCAGAAGCCUGUGAAGAAAGGUUCGGCCUUGUGAGUCCCUCUUUGAGUUACAGCAAAGACGGUAGCGAGCAGUAUUUUUCCAUGCGCGAGGAUGACCUAGAUGAGAGUGCAGAUCGAAGUGAGACCUCAAGCUUAGCCGAUCCAAGCUCUCCCAGCCCUUUUGGAGGUAGCAAUCCCUUCAAAUCUGGAAAAGGCAGUGGAGAGAGACCAGGGCACAAACGUUUCAGGACCCAGAUGAGCAACCUGCAACUGAAAGUUCUCAAAGCUUGUUUCAGUGACUACCGCACGCCAACGAUGCAGGAGUGUGAGAUGCUGGGUAAUGAAAUUGGACUCCCAAAGCGGGUUGUCCAAGUCUGGUUCCAGAAUGCUCGUGCAAAAGAAAAGAAGUUCAAAAUAAAUAUUGGAAAGCCAUUCAUGAUAAGCCAAGGCUCACCAGAUGGACCGAGGCCCGAGUGUACUUUGUGCGGUGUAAAGUAUACUGCCCGGAUUUCCAUCCGAGACCAUAUUUUCUCUAAGCAGCACAUUGCUAAAGUGCAAGAAACACUGGGGAAUCAAGUGGACAGAGAAAAAGAUUACCUUGCCCCCACCACUGUGCGCCAGCUGAUGGCCCAACAAGAGAUUGACCGUUUGAAGAAGUCAACAGAUGUCCUUAGCUUGCCAGCCCAGCAGCAAUCUGUUGAUAACAAUGCACUUCAUGGCCUUAGCCUGCCAACUGGUUACCCAGGAAUCUCUGGCCUCCCACCUGUACUCCUUCCUGGUGUAAAUGGCCCUUCAUCCCUUCCUGUUUUUCCACCAAACACACCCGCUUUAGCGUCUCCUGGUGCUGGCAUGCUUGGGUUCCCUACUCCAGCCACCCCUUCUCCUGCCAUGUCUCUCAGCAGUGCCCCAUCCAAGACUCUGCUUCAGACUCCACCACCUCCACCUCCUCCUCCUCCUCCUCCUGUUCCUCCUCCUGUUCCCCCCACUCCUAUGGCGAACCAUCAGGCUGAGCAGCACAGCAAGGACCCAGAGAAAGAGAAGAAGUUGGAAAUGCCUAAGAAGGUCAAGAGAGAGGUCGAGAAUUCCCACCACGAGGCUCCCAGUAUUAAGAAAAGGGAAAAAUCCUCACCGGCGCUAUCUGCGAUGGGCAAAGGUGGGAGUGAGGCUUCAAUGGACCCAGCACAGCAGCAGGCACUUCAGAAUGCUCUUGCUGGUGAUCCAGGGUCCUUCUUAGGGGGACAGUUCCUGCCUUACUUCAUCCCUGGUUUUGCAUCCUGCUUUUCGCCCCAG